AAGAAGCUCUCCCGCCAUGAUCAACUGCUCAAAAGUGCUUCUCCGUUUUCUUCUACAGAUAAUAGUGCGUCGGAUCUGAACACACGUUGUCAAGGUUACACGCCUGGCCAAAGUUAAGUUCACACUAAGGUAAUUUACUCAUUUAUUUUGCUUUUCAGAAAUAUUCUGCUCUGUUGUUAUUGAUUCCUUGUGAUAGUCUACUGGAAAUUAGUGGGCCGCAAAGGCCGUUUGUUUAUGGUGUUGCCAAAGAAAAUCAUCUGUGAUUGCUGUUUCUUUCAGGAACUCUUUCACUUUUCAUCUUAUUCUGGGUGCAGCAAAUAAUGUAAAACACAGAGAUUCUCAUGUUUAGCCUUGUUUGUUUCAUCAUCAGAUGAGUAAAAGUACUGUGAUUGUAUUUGUAAAUGGUAUUUUGCAGAUUACUAAUUACUUCUUUUUAUGUUUUCUAUAUUGCAGAAUAUAUUUCUUAUGUGGAUUCUGUCAGCUGUAUUAUCUUUUGCUACAGACCAGUUGGGAGGGAAACAGAAAAGACAAGUAGUUGUUGUCUUCAGUCCUCACUGGGGUACAGUUUAUUAAUUAACCGAGCGUUUUAGUAUGACCGAACUUUGUUUAGUAUGUGGCUAUGCAAAAAAUGUAACUUUACUGCAUCAAAAAGAUCAGAACUACUAAAACAUUACAGACUGAAACACUGGCACAGCACACGAAACCACUCAAUUCUUUGUCCAUACUCAGAUUGUCCUUGUUGCUUCAGGACUUAUAGUGCACUGUACUCUCAUUUGUCCAGAGAUCACAGAGAGUCACUGGAUGCAGGGCAGGCCGUCUCUUUUAGGUGUCUUGUUUGUAAUUCAGUAAGUCACCAUUCAGAAAAACAAUACUUUGAGCACCUUCGAGGUCAUCUAAAAAAGUAUGAAACAGUGACCUGUGUUUUUAAUAACUGUGAGUUUAGCACAAAUAUAUAUUCAACUUUUGCAUCUCAUAAAAGCAGGAGGCAUACUCCCCACUCACUUGAGCACUUUAAACCAUCUGUCUUUCAAAAUAACACCUGUGAAACACCAAAGGAUACUGAUUUAAGUGUUGAUGAAAGUGAUUCAUGUGAGCCUGUUGUUGAGGAAGAACACGAUUUUGUCAAAAUAGUCAACAAUAAGUUAGGUUGCCUUUUCCUCAAAUUAGAAAGCGUUUUUAAUGUGUCUAAUAGGUGCAUUGAUGAAAUAGUAGAUGAGUUGCAAUUUAUAUCAUCAGCUGCUUCAAGACCAGUUAUCAAACAGAUAAUUGACACUACUUUGCAAAGGAAUAGCUGCAAUGUUGAUGAAUCUGUAGUUUCAGACUUGGUAGAAAAUCUUACCUCCCUUAACCCGUUAAAUGCAGCUCUUGGGGUGGAGGGUCCUUUCAACACCUCAUACAAAAGAGGUAGAUUUUUUAAGGAGCAAUUCUGUAUUAUUGAACCUGUAGAGUAUAUACUAGAUGAAAAAAGCACAUUCCAGUAUGUUCCAAUUUUGAAAACAUUGUCACAGGUAUUACAAAAGAAUGACAAAAUGUUAAAGAAUGUAUAUAGUUCUAGGAGUACUUAUGAAACCUUUUGUGAUGGCUCACAUUUUAAAGAAAAUAGCUGUUUGUCUGGAGAUGAUGAAAGAAUCUGUCUUAUACUGUACAUUGAUGAUUUUGAGGUGUGUAAUCCACUCGGGACAUCUCGAAAAAAGCAUAAAAUUACUGCUGUCUAUUGGGUGUUGGCAAAUAUUCGCAGUAUAUUACGUUCCUCUUUGACAUCCAUUUAUUUGGCUGUGCUUUGUAAAGCAAAUGAUGCAAAGAAGUAUGGAUUUUCUCAAGUGCUUGAACCAUUGUUAACUGAUCUGAAGAGUUUGGAGGAAGAUGGUGUUUUUGUCUCCUCUCUUGGGAGAUUCAUCAAGGGCACUGUUUUCUGUGUGAUUGCUGACAAUCUUGGGGCCCAUGCAGUUGGAGGGUUUCUCGAAAACUUCACCGGGUCACAUAUUUGCAGAUUUUGUACUGGGGAACGGUCCCAAUUCCAGAAGUCGGAGGUUAGAUCUGGUGCAUUUUCUCCAAGAACUAAACAAGAGCAUGAAUUGCAUGUUCAAACAGCUUUGAGCACUUCAACAAGUUGCUAUGGGGUGAAACGUCAAUGCCCAAUUACUGACUGGCUGAAUCACUUUCAUGUAGUAUCAGGGUAUCCUCCUGAUGUGCUUCAUGACUUGCUUGAGGGCAUUGUACCCUUUGAAUUGGCUCUGUGUUUAGAUGCAUUGAUCAAGAAGAGGUAUUUCUCUCUUUCUGAUCUCAACAAACAAAUCAAAAUGUUCCCAUACAAAUGGAGUGACAGAACAAACUCCCCACAAAGUGUUGCACCAAACUUUGCGUCUAAAAAGAACAUUGGUGGAAAUGCACAUGAAAACUGGUGUUUAUUGAGGUUGCUUUCACUGAUGGUUGGAGAUAAAAUACCAGAAGAUGACAAGGCUUGGCAGUUGAUUAUGACGCUCAAAGAUGUUGUUGAUCUUGCUCUGUCACCUGCUUUUUCUGAUGCAAGCCUUGGUUUUCUCGAUAGCAAGAUAUCUGAGCAUCGAUACAGGUUUCUUGAACUUUUUCCACAAGAAAAGCUGCUUCCAAAACAUCACUUUCUUGAGCACUAUCCUCAGGCCAUUAGAGAUUUUGGCCCCCUUGUGGCAUUAUGGACUAUGAGGUUUGAAGCAAAGCAUCGCUUCUUUAAGAGGGUUCUUCGACAAACUGGGUGCUUCAGGAAUGUUUUGAUGUCUCUGGCAAGGAAGCAUCAAUCAAUGAUUGCGUUCCAUUUGUAUGACUCUGAUCAUGCAAAGCCUGCCAUUUCUGUGACAUCAAUGACAAAAGUGCCGCUGGAAGUGCUAGAUAAAGGAAUAAAAGAAACUGUGAAGGAACAAUUCCCCAAUGUCACAGCAGUACAUGUGGCAAAUAAAAUUGAAUAUUUUGGCACAAUGUAUAGUGUAGGAAUGAUGUUGGCAUAUGGAUCAACUGGAGGAUUGGCAGACUUUGCAGAAAUUGUUCAGAUGAUUGUUGUUCUGGACAAGCUCAGUUUUGUUGUUAGACUGCAGAGUGCUUGGUACAAUGAACAUCUUAGGUGUUUUACUUUAGAAGCCACACGUAAUAUUCAAAUCCUUCAACAAGCCCAGCUAACAGAUCUUUAUCCAUUGGCAGCUUACACAGUGGCAGGACAGCAGAUGGUGUCACUGAAGCACUUCAUUUGCAUUGACUAAGAGUUUAAGGUUGUGAAAAACAUCAACAAUGUCCUCACCUUGCCCAGCUAUGCUACGAGUUAUACUUGGAGAGCAUGAUAUACGAAAAUUGUUACUUCCAUCUGGGAUUCCGAACACAGUUGAUGAUCUUCUAUCAGUUAUAAAACAAAGUUUUCAGUUAGAUGGACAUUUGAGACUCCUGUACAUGGACACUGAUUUUGGUCAGUUUUUCACCCUGACCUCUGCUGAAGACCUUAAGGACAAAGACUCAAUUAAGGUUGUUCAAGUAGAAGAGCCGUCUGUCAUUCUGACAUUGACACCUGCUUCAAGAGAUUUUGAACAGUGUUCUACAGAUACCCAAACCUCAGACAGUUCCAGGGACACAAUGAUGUUGCCACCACGUGAGGGUCGCUUCGAAAAGUGGCCAGACAAAUUUGAAGUCCCCCAGUUUACUUUUGAUGUAGAAAGAAUUCUUCAAGUUGGAAAUCAAGCAUUUUUUGAAGAUGGUACUCUCCUUCAAAAUCAAGGUGUCAAAUCUGACAUCAUGCAAAAGCUUGCUGAAUCUAUAUUUAAAUACACAGCAUAUCCCACAAAUCUCCAGAUUCUGUCAGUUGUAGAGGCUUUGAUAGAGAAGUUCCCAUGCCUGAAGGAACCUGGAAGUUUUUCGGGAAUGUAUGGCUGGCAACAAAGUCUUAAGUACAAAAUGGGCAACUAUCGUUCCAAGUUAAGAAACCAGAAGCUAGACUUGCCAGAGCUUGAAGUAAACUCCCUCAAAAGAAAGCAGCCAAAUGAUAGAGUUCCUAGCAAAAAUGUCAAGAAACCAAAAAAGGCUGAACUGAACUAUCUUCCUCCACACCCACAUGGGGAAUCCCUUGAGAGUUUAGAAAAUGAGCAAAAAGCACUGCUGGAUGAAAUCAAAAAGAAGGACAAUCAGAGAGUCAUUGCGGUGAAAAUGUCUAAAACAUUCUCAUACAGGAGACAUGAAGUUGUCAACCUCGCUCCACCAAUUAAAGAUUUCCAGCAGAGGUGGCCUGCUUUAUUCACUGAAGCUCAGAUAAAGGAGGAAUUCAGAAGAAUUACUGCUGUUCCCCUUGAACAAACAUUUAUGUCCAAACUAGACGGUUACACGCCAAAACUUUUGGAACUUAUGAAAGCUAAGGGAGGUGUUGCCGGGCUCAAGAUGCAGCCUAUACUUAAUGUAUUGAUUCAGGACGACAGGAUCGAGACAAGACGAGAUGCAGUAAUCCGCAAUCUCAUUUUGUAUCUCGGAGAAGUGGCAGAGAACCUAUUCAAAGACAGCAAAGAUGGCAAUCAAGAAGACUUCAGUAAUUCUCUCAUGACAAUUCUUGUCCAUGGAAAUGGAGAUGAAGAGCCAGACGUGUCCAUUGUACUAGAAGGAAGCAAGGUCCUAACAAAAUGUCAAAAUACUGCCAAAGCUUGUGCUCUUCUAAUGGGACUGAUUUAUGCUUUAAAUCUACAGUAUCCAUCAAAUCUGAAAUACACUUUCGAGGUUUUUCAGAAACUCAUUCUGGAUCUUGAUGGACUUAAGCUUUCUCCUAAAGUACGGUCUUUGAAAACCAAGCUGCACACUUGAAAUAUUUUUGUUCUCGGAAAAUUCAUAGGCAUUAAUCUGUCUUGUUUACCCAAGUUUGUUUAAACAUUGUUACAUUGUGUGAAAAUGUAUACCCUGAAACAUGCUGAAUGAUUGUUGCUGAUACCAUUUACAUAUGUACUAGUUUCUUGUACAUUUUAUAUUCUUUAUUAGAACAACAGAAUUUGCAUAUUUAAUAAUAGUUCCAUUCAUUUGAUAAAAAUGUUUUGAACAAUGGUUUUAAUAUUUUCAAAUUCUGUAUCAGAGGAAGUUUAUUGGAAGUUUAAACUAUUUUUAAAAAGAGCACUUGGCCAUGGACUUGCUGAAUUUACUUGAAAGACAGGAUUUAUUUGUAAAAGCAGUCUGUUAAUAUUUGGUCUAAUACUUGCUCUAUAGUUAAGAUUCUGACCAGUCUUUGUAUAGACAUGUAAGUUAAGCAAAAAUUUUAUAAUCAAAAAUGUCAUUGCACUUUACUGAUGCUUGAGCUAUUUAAAUAUUAAGCAUUGAUCUUGUUUAUAUAUGGGCGUGUUAAUUCCUUUAAAUGAAGCUCUUAAUAAAUGUGCAA